UGGAACAAAAUAAACUCAGCCCUGGGAAUUGCAUUUUUUCGGUUUGGGAGCGCUACAUUUAUUUCUCGUUCGAUUUUAGUUGUGUAGUUUGUGUAGAGUGAAACGUGCUGCAAUGGGGGAUCAGCAGAAAAAGACGGGCAACAUCCUCUCGAACGUAAGCCCUCCGUCGGAGUUGCCGAGUUUCAUCACGGCGAACGUGGCAACAGCUGGUGCGGAAAUGGCGAUGACUCAAGCCAGCAGUCCGAUCCGCAGCGAUGAAGCGAAUACGAAGAAAGAUGAAACAGAACCGUUCAUUCCGACGACGUUUAGUCCGGCAAUACCGCCAAGCAAAGACACGUCUCAGAGUGCGUCAAGUGUCGGCGGAGUGGGCCCCUUGCCGGAGGGACCAUCGGAGCCAAUGAAUCAGGACUUUGCCAGCAUGAUUCUCAACCCGGAACCGGUGGCUGCCGCCUUGAGUCCUAUCACACAGGGUGGAUCGGCCCUCUUCGGGUGGAUGAAGGGUGCCGUAUCGGGUGGGGGCAUUCUGCAGAAGGUUGCGGAAAAGGCAAAAAAUUCGGUGGACACCAUCGUUACCACACUGGACCCGCAGAUGAGAGAAUACAUAAAUUCUGGAGGUGAUACAGAGGUCAUAGUGGCUUCCGACAAGGACGAUAAGGUGCGCCCGAUACGCGAAGCAUUCCAGACGGUGUUUGGCAAGGCAACGGUAAUUGGGCUGCCAGCACAAGCGGCGGGUAUCGCGGCUCAACCGGUUGGCUUCGCGGCUGGCCUCAAGGGCGCCGAGCAUCGCAUCAACAGUAUUCGGGCCGAAAAUCCGCGCGUUGACGAUCACUUGCCUGUGGUGGCGAUCGAAAACUUUCUCGUGGAACUGUUCCCAUCUCAAUGGUUCGACGCUGGCGUGAUACUGCUGUUCGAUUACGCCAAGAACAUUCUGCUGAAAACCGUCACGCAGAUGACACCGAUCCCGCUGCCGGUUGUAGCGGCACUGCAAGCGGACACACCGGACGACUAUCUGCUUAGGGAUACGGGAUUUUGCUGCACGGUCGGUAGCAUAAUGGCUCGGAAUCUGAAUACCCCACACACCGAAUGGCACCGUACGUACACGUCCGUGGCUCGCUCGGAGAUGAUACUGGCGGCUGCCAAAACGAUAGCGACACUCUACAAGCAGGCAACGCUGGACUACCAGCAGCAGCAGGAACUGACGACCGCUGCUUCGGGUCCUUCCGCUGCUGGCGGUGCUGCUGGGGGUGCGGUAGCGGUGCCUACGCCGACGGUCGACGAUGGGUUGCCCGACUCGACGAAAUAAGAAUUAAUGCCCACCAUCGUUACCGCCUGCCACUGUAAUUGCUACUGAAGCGAACGACUGUCCCUGAGGUAUGGACCAGUCACCAUUAAAAUGGCACCGGAGACGAUCGGAAUGCGCCAAAGGAUUUCGAGCAGAACGAACGGAUAAACCAAACGAUGACUUAACACGGGAACCGCGUCGCGAUCCGAGAUGGUGGAAAAACGUAUGGUUUUCCACGGCAUUAUUCGUUGAAACCAGGCAAAAAAGGAUUCCUCUUUAAACAGUGACACCGCGGAAUGGUGAAAUCUCCAGUAGCGAACGCAUUAAAUCGUGUCAGUGCUCGGUGACGGUGGCUAACGUUGGCCGGAGAUGUGACGAUGCGCAAACUCCUCCUCUUCACUUUCAAACGGCCCCCGGUUCGGGGAAGGGCCCACAUAACGACCCCGAAUGCGUUGUCCUGGCCGUGCUGUGGGACGAAACGACAACACAGGGACCGUCCGGCGUGGCGUGGAUUUGCAGUUUCGAAGGUCGUGCCCGUGCUUAUCAAAAUUAUUACCCUAGUUUAUUGUACCACUCGUUGAAACUGUAAGCCUAUUAUCGUAAUGACAAGUAAUAAAAUU